GCGAGGAUAUAUAGAAAAAAAAAGAGAAAAGAAAAAGACGAGCCCGGAGAAACGUGAGAAAAGCAGACCCGGGCGCGAGCGAAGACGCCAGACUGUAGAUGGUGAUCCACGGACACAACAAAUCAGGUGCAGCAGCUCAUAAUCAGAAAUGACCUGUGUUCAAAGUCAACAUGGAGUCCAGUCCUAUGAGAGCACCCUCUUCAGCUCAGACUUUCUGAACCCUGACUUCACCUCCAGGUUGGCCAUGGACAUGAGUGACCAGCAAGAGCAGCUUUCUGCUCCUUCCCUGCCGAGUAUCACCUCACUGGUCGGAGGCUAUGGGGGCGAGUUUGAUUCCUACUCCUGUCAGAUCUCCACUGCCACCACCUCAGGACAAGAUGCCUUCAAGUUGGAUGACAUGCCGGUUUAUGGCUGUUACCCUGGAACAUUUACCUUGAGUUAUAUGGACGACACGCUGCCCACCUCAGGUGGCUCAAACUGUUUUGGUAGCCCAGCCUCAGCCCCUUCACCCUCAACUCCUGGUUACCAGCCUAUGGCUGCCUGGGAUGGAGUCUUUGGGCCCUGCUCUCCUGAUCCAGGCUGCUGGGGCACAGAGAAGACGCCUCUCCACCAGACCCCUUCUUUCUUUACUUUUGGUCCUUUACCAGGGGGUGAACUUUCUCCUCUGGGGCAGCUGCAGCCUCAGCUGACUGAUCAAGAUCCCUUCUCCCAGAGCCCGCAGAACAGCUUCAGUCCCCUCGGCCUGGAUCACAGCAGCAAGGACAACUCAGCCCUGGUGGACAGUCAGGUGUCUCCCAAGGCCAAGAGUCCAACCGGAAAUGAAGGGUGCUGUGCGGUGUGUGGCGACAAUGCCUCCUGCCAGCACUACGGAGUCCGCACCUGUGAGGGCUGCAAAGGCUUCUUUAAGCGUACGGUACAGAAAAAUGCCAAGUAUGUGUGCCUAGCCAAUAAAGACUGUCCGGUAGACAAACGGCGGCGGAACAGGUGCCAGUUCUGCCGUUUUCAGAAGUGCCUGGCAGUAGGAAUGGUGAAAGAAGUUGUGAGAACAGACAGCCUGAAGGGCAGAAGGGGUCGCCUGCCCUCUAAGCCAAAACCAGUCCAAGAAUCAGCAUCUGUUGCCCCUCCUGUGAACAUCAUUGCCUCUCUUGUGACAGCUCAUAUGGACUCCAACCCAGUCAUUGGAAAAUUAGACUAUUCAAAGUAUCAGGAAACAGUGGUUAGCCUGUCUGAAAAGGAGGAUGCCAAUGACAUCCAGCAGUUUUAUGACCUGCUGACGGGGUCUAUGAGUGUGAUCAGAAAGUGGGCUGAGAGUAUCCCUGGAUUCACUGCCUUCUGUAAGGAGGACCAAGACUUGCUCUUUGAAUCAGCCUUUGUUGAGCUCUUCAUAUUACGGCUUGCUUACAGAUCAAACCCAGAGACAAAUGAAUUGAUUUUCUGCAAUGGGGUGGUUCUUCACCGCAUGCAAUGUGUGCGGGGAUUUGGGGACUGGAUUGACUCUAUCAUGGAGUUCUCUCAGAAUUUACAUCGUAUGAACCUUGAUGUGACUGCAUUCUCCUGUCUUGCCACACUGGUGAUCAUAACAGAUCGCCAUGGGCUGAAAGAACCUAAACGAGUGGAAGACUUCCAGAAUUGUCUAAUCCCGUGUCUCAAAGACCAUGUCUCUGCAAGUGUCUCGGAAGCAGCUCGACCCAACUAUCUGUCACGUCUGCUGGGAAAACUGCCUGAGCUCAGAACACUGUGUACUCAAGGCCUUCAGCGUAUCUUCUACCUUAAGCUAGAAGACCUUGUCCCACCUCCUCCCAUCGUAGACAAGAUCUUCAUGGAUACCUUGCCUUUCUGAAAAUAGCUGGGAUGUUACAUACAAAGACAGCUGAUGUGACAAUUUGAUAACAGACUUGGUCUAAAUGUGAACAAAAGUACAGUAGUACUUCGGGAGCACUUGAAGACUUCUUGUUGAAGGAUGGAAAGGCCUGCUAUUCUUUAUUUUCUCUCUAUUUGGAAUGAAUUUAAUGAAAGAUGAUGGUGUACCACUGCCAUCUUCUCACCAGAGGACACUGGUCUGUUCUUUCCCUAUCAUCACACACUUAUCUUGGAAAAUCUUGCAGCAGAGGCAGCAUUGCCAAGUGUCCCUAAAAAUUCAAGAACUGUGCUUUGUUGCAACCUUUUGGAACUGUGGCUUUUGAUAUGACUUUAUCUACUGUAACAAUCAAUGGCAUAUUGUGAUGGCGACGAAGGGACAUAGUAUGUGGUAUCUGAGCAGCUGAGGCAGAAAAGGAAUCAUACCCAUAUCUUCAUGCUUAAACAGUAUUACAGCUUUGUAUAUUUCAUGUAUGUGAACAUACAUGUUUAUGACGUCCAGAGAAAUGAGUGGUGCUUAAAAAACACACCUGUGGCUUAUUAGAAGCUGAAGAGGCCAUGGACCAAAACUAACAUUGUUUACUUGGACAUGCAAAAUUACAAAACAAAAGCCUUAACCAUACUUAACAAAACAACACCUCAGUAAUCAACAUACUAAUUCAUAUUCGAAGGCAAUAUUGGGCUGUGGUGCAGAAGGGCUGUGAAUACAGUCGAGUAUUAGGUUGAACAUUGCUGUGGGAUUGAGAUUUAAGUCCCCGAAGUACCAUGUGUCACCCUGAGUAAGCGUUUGGGAAGAGGGCUCUCCACCCUCCCAUUGCUAAACAGCUCACCAGCCAUUCAGGUAUUUUUUGUCCUUAUGGCAGAACAGGGUGCUUUGUAUUCUCCCCUGAAUGCACCUUCUAGGUAUUUGUUAGAUCAGAGUUUUUUUUUUUAUGCAGUGGUUUUAGCAAACAAGCAUCUUCGCAUACAGUGCUGUAUCUUUGAUAGUGCAGGUUUGGAACAGCUUAUGACAGUGAUUAUACAUUUCCAUCAAAAUAGCCUCUGAUGGCAUCUGGCAAACAUUUGACUGUUUUUUUAAGACCCGGUGCAGCUACUUUUCAAGCACUCAGUGCAGCCUCUUAAAAGCAUCUUACCAGACAUCUCUGAGUAUUGUCACUGACUAAUGAAUUUGUUUAGCGUGCCAGCCAAAAUUUAGAUUAUACAUAUUUGUAUGUAUUGUAUGUAUAGAGAUGACUAGAUAUUCUAUAUAUUUUGUCUUCAGAAGAGAAAAGGUUUGGGCAUUAUGAUGUUUUUUGAUAUUUUUUAUAUUCCUAGAUAUACUUUAUCUUUCAUUACAAAUGUUGUUCAGCAUUAUACAUAAAGUGAACAUGAACAAUCGAUGUCAUGUAUUUCAGUCUUUUUUAUCCCACGCACAAAAUAAAAGCACACUUAAAUGGUCA